UUUCCUGUUUUUAGGUUUCAUAUCGGCACCUACCUAACCCAUUCAACGAGAGCUUUCUUUCUUUGUUUCUUUCUUUCUUUCAGCAUCAUCAAUGGCGGCUUCAAUGCAACUCAUCAACCUGACCCCCUUUCGAUUACACUCAACGUCCAUCCCCAAACACCACUCACGCCCCUUCACAGUCCGGUGCUCCUCCUCCGCCAAAAGCUACAACAUUACUCUCCUUCCCGGCGAUGGUAUCGGCCCCGAAGUCAUCUCUGUCGCCAAAAACGUCCUCAAUCUCGCUGGCUCACUCGAAGGGAUUGAAUUUAAGUUCAAGGAGAUGCCGAUGGGAGGAGCCGCCUUGGAUUUGACGGGAGUUCCGUUACCAGAGGAAACACUCUCCACUGCCAAGCAGUCUGAUGCCGUUCUUCUCGGCGCUAUUGGCGGGUAUAAGUGGGAUAAAAAUGAAAAACAUUUGAAGCCCGAGACCGGAUUGCUUCAGCUUCGAGCUGGUCUUAAAGUUUUUGCCAAUUUGAGGCCGGCAUCUGUUCUACCACAGUUGGUGGAUGCUUCAACUUUAAAGAAAGAAGUCGCCGAAGGUGUUGACUUGAUGGUUGUGAGGGAACUUACAGGAGGUAUCUACUUUGGAAAACCAAGGGGAUUUGGAACCAAUGAAAAUGGUGAGGAUAUUGGGUACAACACCGAGGUUUAUGCGGCCUACGAGGUUGACCGCAUUGCUCGCAUUGCAUUUGAGACGGCUCGUAAACGCAGUAGCAAACUUUGUUCCGUUGACAAAGCAAAUGUCCUCGAGGCAUCUAUGUUUUGGAGGAAAAGAGUAAUAGCAAUAGCUGAAGAAUACCCGGAUGUUGAACUCACCCACAUGUAUGUUGACAACGCAGCCAUGCAGCUUGUCCGAAAUCCCAAACAGUUUGACACAAUAGUUACAAACAACAUAUUCGGUGACAUUUUAUCAGAUGAGGCAUCAAUGAUCACCGGGAGUAUUGGGAUGCUUCCUUCCGCUAGUCUCGGGGAAUCGGGUCCUGGACUAUUUGAACCCAUUCAUGGUUCUGCUCCUGAUAUUGCUGGACAGGAUAAAGCAAACCCAUUGGCAACCAUACUGAGUGCUGCAAUGCUUUUGAAAUACGGUUUGGGUGAAGUUAAAGCAGCUGAGAGGAUUGAGUUGGCUGUGCUCAAUACUUUAGAUAGAGGAUUCCGUACGGGUGACAUUUACUCGGAUGGAAACAAAUUGGUUGGAUGCAAGGAGAUGGGUGAACAAGUGUUGAAGUCUGUGGAUACAAAGACACCUGCAUCAGUUUAAUAUAGCCAGCCGGUUCUUAUCGUUCAAGAAAAUUGCAGAGGUUAGCUCGAGAGUACAUGAACGAACAUCUCUGGUUAGUUUAACGAGCUUUUUAACUUUAUUUCAGUUUUGAGAUUUUGUUGUAUGUAACAUGAUGAUGGGAGCUCUUAUGUGUUUAUGAAUAAAUGGGGAUUAAGAUAUUAUGUUCCUGUUUUCUUA